CGCUGCGUCUCUCCCAUACCUCAACUGAGUGCACAGCUCAGUCUGCAGCAGCAUAGGAUGUAAUCAAUCCCACAUGUUUCACCUCUGCGACUCGGGGAUAUUACACUUUGAAUAUUUUUCUACUUUCUUUUUCAUUCUACACCACUCGCCGCGCAAUGGAUAUAACUUACCAGACAUGACGGGGACUCAGUUUCUACCCUGCAAAGCCAAAACUCCGCUCAAUGCGAGGGGAGCCCGAAGUUCAUAAAAGGGAUUAUUUGCAUCUGGGUGCCUGAGACCUUCGGUGCCUCCGGAUUUUACUUUGGGAUUUAUCGCUUUUAAAACCGGGAUGGAAAGCCGAGAUUUUGCUCCUCCGCACCACCUCCUGACGGAGCGGAGCGCGCUGGUUCACAGUGCCGCGUCUCGGAUGGCGCAGGGCGGCCACGGCGCCGUGCAGCACCCCGCUCACUUCCAGCCCGGGAAAUACUACUCAUCCCACCUCUCCAUGGGUCCGCACUCAGGUGCUUCCUUUAUGGGUUCCUUCCUGGCCAGCAGUCUGGGGUCCCCGCCCUCCCACCCUGCUCACCCCUCGGGACCUGCUGCCUCCCCCUCCUCCCCCUCCUACAGGGCUGGACCCCAUUCGAGGGCUUCUCCGAUCUGGUUCCCCCAUUCACAUGAAGGGUACCCCAGCUAUUCAGGAAGUCUUGCUUCUCCUUUUCUCCCCAUGAGUCCCUUGGAUCACCAUAGCAACGGUCUCUACGGACAGCACCGCUUCUAUGAAACUCAAAAAGAUCACUUCUACCUACGAGGCCUUCCUCCCCAGCCCCCUCUGCUCUCCACCAGUCACAGCCUUCCUCCACUCUCCAGAACCGCCCCAGGCCACCCACUUGGCUCCUGCAGCAGAGAGACAGACAAUGGGGGAGGAGGAGGCGGAAAGAGCUCCAAGGAUGUGGUGGAGAAAGGAGCUUUGAGUGUGUCAAAAAUGAAGGAGCGAUCAAGCAGCAAGGAGCGGCACCAGGAGAGCAAAGACAAACAACAUCAGCUCCAUCAUCACCAUCUUCAUCAGACAAGUCCUGCUGCCACCACUCCAUCAAGCCACAGCCACCAAGCCUAUCCCCACCCUCACCAUGCCCUCCUUCCUCACCUGACCUCACAGAGCAGAGAAGAGGAGCAGAGACACUCUCUGGAGCGACACAAGGAAUACAGAGACAGUGACUCAGGCAAUCAGGAGACAAAACACAUGAGUUCCUGCAAACUGUCAGGUGUCUCAGUUGUAGAGACUGGCUCUGGAGGAAAGACUAGCUGCAACGGUGGAGGAGUGGGUAGACCUCCAUCUGGAGGUGGCAGACGGUGCUCCAAGGAUGGAUCCAUAAAUGGGGAGAUGAGAAUCAGUGAAUCUUCAUCUUCUUCAAAUGAAUGUAUGAGAAGGGGUGCGACUGCAGUUACAGCCAUACUGGCGCCUCCAACAACACACUCUCUGCCCUCGUAUUCCAUGCCUCCUCCCCCUCCACCUCCUCCACCCCCUCCUCAUGCCUUGCACAUGGGCUCUGCCGUUGCAGGAGGGUGGUUACACCCUGCACAUCACCAUCCUCAUCCUGAUUUUUACUGUCCUCCAGCCCCUCUUACACUAACACCCUCCAAAGAUCCAGUAUCCACCCUUGGAGGGUCCAACCGGGAGGGAAAAGUCAUUGGCCCGACUUACGUUCCCUCGGUGGGCCCCCUGGGAGACUUGGCAGCAACCGACUGUCGAGGAGCAGGAGGAGGUGGAGGAAAGGGGACUGACAAAAGUGGAGAGGGAUCCUAUGAAAGUCCCUCUAAUCAUCUCAGCAAACUCAGUAGUUGCCAAAAGAAAGACAAAUCCCAGACACACCAGCAGCAGCUGGGAUAUGGCAAGGCGGAUAAACCUCCUGACUGGAACCAGCAGUCGCAGCACCCCCAUAAGUCCAGCUCCAACAUGAGCUCACAGCCUGAGCUGCGGUCCUGCAGCAGAGACACAUCUUACAGAGAUGUCGAGGUUGUGGACGAUAUUUACCGACCAUCACUCCCACUUGAUGCGCAAGGGACGCAUACUGGUGCUGGACAGGGUACAAACAAGAAUGGCCAUGACUCGAGCACCCCUCCCUUCAGGGACUGUUCCCACUCAGGUCCUAAUCUUGAUGGGAGGGUGGGGUCAGGGGCACUGACUCAAAGAGAGUCAGUGCCCCUGAAGGUUGCAAGGAUUAGGCAUCAGCAGCAUGGAGCAAGUACAGAGGAGAGGGCAAGAGAUGGGGGUCCAAUGGCACCUUCUUGGGGGGCUCGAGGAGCCUACCAAGAGGAGCAGAGAAAAAGCUCCCAUCAUGCAUCAGAUGGUGAAUUAAGAGGGCUUAGCAGCAGAGCUCCAAACGGUGACCAAAACCAGCCCCAUUCUCAACCCCCUCCUCUUCAAUUCCGCUCCUCCUCCUCACACACCACUGAGGAUGAAGGCAGUGCCAUGAAGAACCUCAUGAACUACAGCUCCCAGCAGCCUUUGCUUCUGCCACACCGGGGCCCCUUUGGAGGUCUGGGUUGCCUCAAGCAGGGUGGAGAGAGAUCAGAGAAGGGGGACAGAGGAGGGGCUAAAAGCAACACCUCCCCACAAGACCCUCCUAAACAGUCGCUCCCUCCUCGCAGAGGCUCCACUAACGAGGGAGAAAGGGGUGACAGAGGUGGGAAAGAGGCGGGGGAGGCAGGCGAGGGGGAGGUGCGACAGCCUCCGGUGGGUAUUGCAGUUGCUGUAGCCAGGCCCCCUCAUCGUUCCCCAGACAACACCCCCGGACACAGCAGACAGGGCAGGGUGCUGCCCAGCAUGAAAGGGCUGUCACGUCCUGUGUAUCCUCUUGGUCGAGAGGCAGAGGAGAGGAAGAGGAUGACAGAAGAGCAGAUCAGCCUUCAUCACUUGGACAGAGACCGAGAAAUGAUCAUCAGGGAAAAUAAGGAUCGCGUGGAGUUCGCCAGAAUUCACCCUUCCAGUAGUUGCCAUGGUGACCUGACCUCUCACCUUUUGGUUCCUGGAGGUGCCAGUCAGUUGGGGGCAGACCCCACUGUGCAUGCUCACCCAGCUCACCAUCACUGGAUGCAAAGGACAGGAAGUCCCUCUCUUUGGAUGGGGCAUUCAUACGGUCUGAGUCAUGUAGGAAUGACCCCAGGCUUCCCUCCAGGUCUGCCCAGCUCCCUGCAGCCCGUCCUGGGGUCGCUCACCCAAGACCCUAACUCCCCGCUGGUUGUUCUUCCUACAGAAGCCGGGCCUCACCAUCCGCUCGAUGUCCUGGAGCAGUCAGGUCUGUGGCCCCCUGUGUACGGAGCCAGAGGCCCUCCCUCCCACCUGCAGCAUCACCCUGUCUACUCCCGCUCCUCGUUCCUAAGGCAACAGGAGCUGUACACCCUGCAGCAUCAACACCAGCAACAGCAGCGGGCCAUGGAGCACAUGCAGCGGCACUCUUUAGGACAGAGAAAACAUGAGGAGCAUGCCAUCACUAUAGAGGACUCUCCUCAUGAAUCUUCAGCAACCAGAGCUUCGUCCUCUUCUUCCUCUUCUUCGUCCAACACCUCCUCCCAUGUUGCUAAACCCUUCUCUCACACGCCUCCUCCACCCAAGACGCCCACGCCGUCUCCUGGGAUGUGCCCCAGCAGCCGCCAGUCACCCUGCUACCACUCCCCGUCCAGGCGAUCGCAUCCGCCUAACCCUCUCACCCCUGCGCCGAGCCCAGCUGCAGCGGCACCGCGCUCCCCGGCACUCAGCCCUGCUCCGUCACACCUGUCUAAAGGGCUGGAGAGGGGGAGUGAGAGAGGGGAGGGGCAGCCACCUCAAGACUACCCACAAUCCUUAGAACCAGAUUUACCACCUGUUUACACCUACCCUCCAAUCACCAUGGGUUACAAAGCCGGGCCUUCGCCUCCUGAGGCUCGAUUGGCUGAAGCCACAGUAGAGGCAGAGCCUGCACAGCCUGACUCCAAGUCCCUCCCACAUCCGUGCCACAUCCAGCCUCUCUCCAAAAAAGACGAGAGGAGGGAGGAAGAGGAUGAGAGGGACUGUGAAGUGGUGGAAUCCCAGAGCGGAGUUUCAGAGGAGGAGAAAGUAGCAAGGACACUGGAAGUAAAAGGAUGUUCCUUCUCCAGGCCCGAGAGUAGGAUUUCUGGAUUGCCGUCAUGCCCUUCCCCCACUCCACUCUCUCCCCCAGAUCAAGCCUGCCUGGCCACAGCUACAGGCAAAGCCCUAAAAGUAGCGCUCUCUCCAGGUUGCCCAGGCCAGAAAGCCGGCCUGGAGGAGCCCCAAUUAUCCAAAGAGCAGGAGGAUGACAGGAGAGAUGUAAAAGAGGAAAUAGAGGAGGUGGACACAAGGCCUGAACCAACAGAAUGUAAAGUCUCUGUGCCUGUAGAGGAGGAGCAGAGGGAGGAGGAGGGGGACGGAGAGAAUGUAGAGGUGGUUGAGGAUGAGGAGGAAGAGGAGGGCAGUGGGAUUAGUCCAGGAGAGGACGUAGUGGAGCUUAUCCCUGGCUCUCCUGCUCCCUCCCCUUCCUCCGACCUUGCUCUCCCUCCCUCCUCAAGCGCAGCAGCUCAGCUUCAGGGGGCCUACAUGUGGAGCCUGGAGCUCCUGAUUGCUGCAGCUCUAUGUGCCACCAGAGAUGCCUUGUACCCACCUGUACCUGCUGCCCGGGCCCCGAGCCCACCGCCUCACCAUGGUAUGGAGAUACUGGGAGAACUUGCUGAACUGGAGAUCCAGCAGAGGAGCAGGGAGGGGAAGGAGAAAGACGCUGAGGGUGAAGACAUGCUGACCUUCGACCUCCACAGUCUGGCGACGCUGGCGGCAGCCCGUGCCCUGGAGAUGGGGGGAGGGGCUGUGGGUGUAGGCACGGACCAGCAGUGUCCAAUCAGGAAGAGGCUGAAUCUACGCAGGAAAUGCAGCUGGACGCCGCACCAUGAGCCGGUGUGCCCAGUGAAGGGCUCCAUGGAGACGAUGGGAGGGGAGGAGCUGGCCAUGCGUGUCCAGCUGGCCGAGCUACAGCGCCGUUACAAAGAGAAACAGAGGGAACUGGCCAAGCUACAGAGGAAACACGACCACCAGAAAGAGGAGACGUCUCGUAGCCCUGCCCGCCGGGGGCCCGGCCGCCCCCGCAAACGCAAGUCCACCCCCGGCCCAGCUGCUGCGGAGAACUCCAAAAGACUCCGGGCUGGGCUGAAUUUACUGGAGGAAAAAGCCAGGAAGAAAAUGUCCAAUCAUGGCUUCAACAGCCUCAGCUCUGCACAGAUGAAAGCCCGCUGUAAGCACAGAGGUCGCCCUAGCACCCUGAGCUCCAGGCUGGCCAGACGGGUGACCCAGCUGAAGCAGAAAGCCGCGGCCCAGCGUGGUGCUCCAUCAGCAGGAGUGCUGCACUGCAGAGGGACCCCCAGUGAGGAGGAUGGAUCCAGGAGUCACAGCAGACAAGGAAGAAAAGACCUGCAGCAAGGCUGGGAAGCUGCUCCGACUGUAAAGAGGAAGAGGGGUCGAAAACCCAAAGUGCUGAUGGGCGUCAACACAAACAGAGCUCAACACAAGGAUAGCCUUACCUCUGACAAACAGGAAGCGGCGAGUGACAGUGUUAGCUCAGAGCACGAGGAAGAGGAGGAGGGAGAUGGCAGCUACGACAGCGAAUAUGGAGCCGGUGACAUCCAGAUUAGCUCAUCCUCUAAAGACGGUCCUGUAAAUCCUGCCGGGAUUGCGUCUUUCUCAUCGCAGGCCUCCAAGAUUCAGGCAUACCAGAAAGCCAGGAGUAAGAGACCAAGGUCUCCUGGCACAGUGAACAAGCCCGGUACAGAUCAACGGAAAGCGCUCAGAAGACCGAGUCUCUCCAGCACAGAAAGAGGGUGUUCGGACCACCUCGACAAUAAAAAAGCAUUUCUGUCCAGCUGGGGAGUGCCGUCAGUGGGCUGUAGCUUUGUGGACGGCCGGGGGAACCGCAGGACCCUAUCAGAAGCAAACAGAGCCGGCAAGGCGACUGUGAGAAAGAGCUCAGCGGGACAGGGCAUUCUGGGAAAGGCCAAAGGCCACGCUGUGAGCCGACUCCUGCAGAGCUUUGCUGCAGAUGAUGACUUUCGUUUGGACGAGGAGAGCAGCUUCUCAGAAGGCGAGGAGGAGGAAGAGGAAGAAGAAGAAGAAGAAGAGGAGGAGGAGUCGGAGGAGAAAAUGUUGAUUCACCUCCCUCCCAACAUGCCUUGCAGAAUACCUGCCCUGCCAAACUGUGUGCUGAGUAAAGAGAUGUUAGUGGAUGGGCUGAAGAUCCUGAUCUCCAAGGAGGAUGAGCUGCUGUACGCUGCCUGUGUCCAAACUCUGGAUCUGCCAGACAUAUUCAGUGUUGUAAUCGAGGGGGAACGUGGGAAUCGCCCCCGGAUCUACUCCCUGGAGCAGCUACUACAGGAGGCUGUGUUGGACGUGCGGCCCCAGACUGAAGCAAUCCUGACUGAAGGGACUCGAGUGUGUGCCUACUGGAGCGAGCGCUCCCGCUGUUUAUACCCCGGAUAUGUCCACCGAGGAGGUCCAGGUGAAGAGGAGAAGGAGGGCAGUGUGAUGGUGGAGUUUGAUGAUGGAGACAGAGGGAGGAUUUCCCUGGCAAACAUUAGACUUCUGCCCCCGGGAUAUCAGAUUCACUGUGCUGAGCCCUCUCCAGCACUUUUAAUCUCACCUGGUCGCCGUGGUCGUCAAAGCUCCACCCAGGAGAAGAAAGACACACCAACAGAUAAACUAUCCAAUGGGGAUCCAGCCGGAAGGUCCCAUGAGAAAAGACCAGUUGGCAGACCGAAGAAAAUCCACUCAGUGCCUAAGACUGUCAGCACACCAACAUCAGUGACAGACGCUGCAACCAAAGGCAACACUUCCCUGUUGAGCUGGUCAGCACCCAGGAAGAGGCCGCCAGUCGACUUCUUCCUCUUCAACGGGACGUCAAGAAAAACCCAGAGGAGGUUACGAGAGCGGGACAUAGGAUUCUUUCAUCGUCCUGCUUCCCAUCAUAUCGCGCCUCCAAUGCCUAUUAAAGGCAUCUUCGGCUCUCCUUUCGAAGGUGACUCCUUCAGUAGCAUCGCCAAUGGCUAUUCUACAUUCGGAAGCUCUGGAGCAGGGAGACCAGUAAUAACAGCCGCCUCCAUGGGACUUCGGGACUCCUUGUCCUCUGCCUGCCCCUCGGCUGUCUCAAUGGCAGCUGGCAGUAGGAAACCAGUGAGUGAACGUGACAGGAAACAGUACCUGGUUAAGCUUGACCAUGAAGGUGUGACUUCUCCUAAAACAAAGAACAGUAAGGCCCUGCUCCGACUUGGUGGAAGUGGAGUUAGAGGGAGCAAGUAUCUCAGCUCUGACGGCGCACCGUUACGAUACAUCCAACCUGGCAUGCUGGUAAAGGAUGGGAAGAAGGGAAGAGGGGACAAAGAGACCACAGGGGCCCACUCUGAGGCUACUCUGAGAAAGGAUCCUCUGUCAGCAGGUUUAGGCGUCAAAGGAGGGGAUUACAGUCUGGACUACCCAAGUGACUGCCCAAGCUCUUACUCUGAGCUCGAUGAGGAUGAUGAGGAUGAUGGCCAAGAUGCUGAAGGACGCAGACAAAGUGGUGCAGCACCCUCCCAUCGUGGUGGCCGCUUUCUCUCUCGUCUCUCUGUCUGCUUCUCCUCGUCCUCCUCGUCUUCUUCCUCCUCCGGUUCCAUCUCCUCCUCGUCAGUUUGCUCAUCAGACAACGACUCAUCCUACUCCUCGGAUGAAGAGUCCUCCUCUGUGCUGCUGCGCCGUGCCCUGCUCCAGCAGGACAAACACAAGCACAUGCAGAACAUGACCUCCGACCUCCUGAGCUCUGACACCACCACCUCCAACACUCCUCCCUCCGCCAUCGCACCAGCUCAUGGCUUUGUGGCCAAAGCCAGCAAGGCGGUCUCUGGGACAAAGGUGAGGGCUGACAGAUCAGAAGACAGGAAGGAGUUUGUGUCCAAAGGAAAUAUGAUGGCAAACAACAGCACAACAGCUAAAACCCAUCUGAAAAGGAAAGACGGGAUUCAUAACAGCCACCAUCAGAGACAAAGCAGCCCUACGAGCCAGCAGCCCAAACCGGCCUCCAAGGACCCUGCACCGGCUAAGAGGCAAAGGAUGUCGUCACCUGAGCCUCUGCCCAACAUCGCUCCACAUGUGCCUGGACGACAGCUCUGGAGAUGGUCCGGAAACCCCACACAGAGGAGAGGUCUGAAGGGUAAAGCCCGCAAGCUUUUCUACAAGGCCAUCGUGCGGGGCAAGGAGACGGUGCGUGUCGGGGACUGCGCAGUGUUCCUGUCACCCGGCCGGCCCCAGCUGCCCUACGUGGGCAGAGUGGAGAGCCUCUGGGAGUCGUGGAGCUCCAGCAUGGUGGUCAGGGUCAAAUGGUUCUACCACCCAGAGGAGACUCGCCUUGGGAAGCGACACCGCGAUGGAAAAAAUGCCUUAUAUCAGUCGAGCCAUGAGGACGAGAAUGACGUACAGACCAUCUCCCAUCGCUGCCAGGUCGUCAGCAGGUCCGAGUACGAUCACCUGAUGCGGGAUCGUAAGCCCACCAACACGACGCACGAUCUGUUCUACCUGGCCGGAACCUACGAACCAACAACGGGCCAGCUGGUCAGCGCAGACGGCAUGGCCAUCGUGUCGUAGCACCAGCAGCUAGAGAGAGAAAUCCAAAUAUUUACCUGAAGUCUGAGGGUGGCUGCUUCCAAGACGGUCCAUCAGAACAGAGUGGGGGACAUGAGGAAACCAAGACAAAGAGUUUUCAACUCUACGUAUUGAUCUGUCCCUUGUAAGAGAAAGAGCUAGCCCCCUGGAAAAAGCCUGAUAGUACUGGCACUUAGAGGAGUCUGGUUCGUUCUGGGGGAAAGGUCUGAUCCAUGCCAGAUUUAGACUCUUUAUCAGAUGGGGACCGAGGCUCAGAGAGUCUACAGCCUUCCCUGUGGCUGAAAUAACAGAAUUUAUACAGGAACCAAGGACAUGAGCACUUUGGAGUACAGAGGCUUGGAUUUGCAGUGGAGGCUCAGAGAGGAGAACAGACUGUUUGCUGAGGAGAGACUUAAUGUAAACCACACUGGUUUGGAUGGUUUAAACAGUCUUAUAUCUGGACAACGACAUUGGAAGAACCCUAACAGGACCAAAAAACACUGUAGUUCAAACUUUGUUUGUGUAUGCUUGUGUGUAUGCAUGUGUGUGUGUUUGCAGAGCGGCUGCUGUGACCCUCUUCAGCAUUUAAGUAAACAGUGCUUUAGCGUGCGUGUACACCUGUGCUCACGAAGCAGAGAUGACGUCAUGAUGCACCAUCACUCUGUCUCUCGGAGUAUCAAUCUGUCUAUAACUUAAAGUGCAGACACACAAACUUCUCCUGUCAAGCCAUACACGUCAAUACCUCUUUCUCUCUCUCUCUCCCUCUCUCUUGUAUCUUCUUAUCAAGGUGCGGACAGACAUGUACAGGAAGUUGGUUUGUCAGUUUGAACGUAGUGUGCGUGUUGGUUUGAAUGAGAAUGUGGCGUGUGCGUCCGUGUACAGCAUUAAGUGUAAUAUAACAUGUUGUAAAUAUAUACAUAUAUAUUGUUUUUUUUGUUGAUUUCUUUUGCAGAGAAGAUUAUUUUAUUUAGAUUUUUUUAG